GAGAGAGAGAGAACUAGCUCAAGCUCGGGCUCUCCGUUGCGGCUUCAACCGAGCUGGUAAUCAGUGCCGUUUCCGCGGCAGCAGCGGCUACCACGCGCCAGAUUAUUUUGGAUUACGCAUUGAAACCCGUGGGACCCGUCGACCUGCCUAGCCGGUCUUCUCUCUCUCUUCCUUUUUCUUUUGCUUUUUCCUUUUGCUCUUUCUCUAUCUCUCUCUUUCUGUCUAUCUUUUUGUCUUUCUCUCUCUCUCUCUCUCUCUCUCUCUGAAUCUCUCUCGCUCGCUGGCUCGCUCGCUCGCUCUCUAACAUACACACGCGCACCAUUCGUGUUCUCUUUUUCUCUGUCUGUUUGCCUGUCCGCCUGUUUAUCUACCUGUGCGUUCCAUCCUAAAAACCUCGUCAUCAAAGUCUGUCGACCUACGUGUUACUUCUCCCCAUCAUUUUUGGAUUCACCUUAGCGCCGCGGUCUUUUUGUCGUGAGGAGAUAUAUAUAUAUAUAUAUAUAGGUAUAUAUAUGUAUGUAUAUAUGUAUAUAUAUAUAUAUAUAUAUCAGUGUUCGAAAAUCUUUCGAAAAAAGAAGAUCGAAGAUCCGAAGGGACUGUGUGACAGUGCCGAAAAUAUUCCCUGCAAUGCGUCCCACCGAUAUGCCCUAAUGUUGGAUAAUUUUCAUUUGGAUGUCGGAGAAGUUAUAUCUUCGAUGAUUCCAAUUUAUUCGAAUAAGGAUAGGGCAAUUUUUGAGGAGCGUUCUAUUCCAAGGAUUUAACGAUAACGUUGGUGAUAAAGAGUCGGAGGAUAAUCGGUUAAUGCAAUCACCCGUAUUGCUGAUCACAGUAAUGAGUAACUUGUGGUUUCUGAUAAGAGACACAGUGCGUCAAAAGUUUCGGAUGUUGUUAUGUUUUUACUCGGCGAGAUCGAUCUCGACGAUACAGUGAACUGACAGAGUCGACAAACUCUACCGAGGAUAAUCAAGAAGAGACGAUGACGAUAACGUCAAGGUUUAACGAUAGUUUUAUCGCAAAGAAAAAAUAUUGUUCGAUCGGUUAGAUCGAUUUAAUCGAUCGGCGAAUAGGAAAUAUAAGGAAUAAAAUGAAGAAAACGGGAUCGAUAUCGAUCUUAAUUGUAAAUGUAUCCCCGUUGGAUCGUAAUAAAAAGGAAAUUUAUUGAGUACUAGUAAGGAAGUACGCGUAAAAGGUUCUCGUAAAAAACAAGAGGAGAGAUUAAUCGAAAGGGAGAACCCGUCGGCUAAGGCGGCCUCGGUUUGUUUAACCGAACGUACGCACACGUACGAAGAAACAAAUUCUUCGAAGAUCGUUCGAAGGUUAGAAGGAAAAAAUUAUCGAGCUGGAGCGUUAUGAGCAACGGCGAGGGUGUGGUGGCUGGGCAGGGUGCCGGGAGCGAUCGUCUUUGCGAGGACGUCGACAUGGCAACCCCAACGUCGGCGUCGUCGAAUUUGAAACCAAGAAACGGUAAGAUCAGCUUCAGCGUGGACGCUUUGCUCAGCGGCACGAAGAAGUCUGCGGCGGCUGGUGGCGGUGUCGGUGGCGGCGGAAAUGGAAAUUUUAAUAACGCCAGACGAGACAACGAGGAACGAAUGGACAUUGAAAAGAAUCUAGAGAUGGAGGCUAGAUAUAGGGAAUUAUUAUUGGAACAACAAAGAUUACAGAGCAGAGAACUCUUGGCAAGGCUAAGUCCUCACGGUUCGGUAUUAGCGGCGUUUGGUAAUCAUCAUCAUCAUCAUCAUCAUCAUCACCAUCAUCAUCAGAAUCGAAUACAGGAGCAGGAACAACAUCAUCCGUCGGCCGGUCGACAGGAGAUUCUUACAGUUAAGGAUUUCUCGAGGUCGACCAGUCACGACAAAUCAUCCUCGCCCAUCAGAAUAGACCAGGAAGUACAAAGGGAUCGUGGCGGUGACGAUCGACGAUUAACAACGGACUCGCCGAUCAGUAGAAUCUCCGAAUCAACGUUGCAAAGAGAACGGGAGAGGAUUCAGGAUGACGAAGACUCGAGAAUCGAGAGAAUGACCAAUCCACGUUCCGUAUCGCCAGUUAGUAGGCGAGAAAUGUUAGACGAUCGUAGCGAUUCCGAGGCGAAUCGUUCUCUCGAAGGUGACAGAACGACGGAUCAUCUUGAUCUCGAGGAUCAAGAGAUACGAAGCGUCGGCCAGUCGGAAGAUCUCAACGUAAUGGACUCGGACUGUGAACUGGAGAGAGAUCUCGAGACCGGCCAAGAGAAGGAGGAGAAGUCGAGUCCGGUAGUGCCUCAGCCAAUACACCCUGGGGUCCAAAGGCCCUCGCAGGGAGGGCCUUACCUAGCCGGUGCACCCGGCGCUCCUGGAUGGAAUCCUGCAGGAUUUCCGCAUUCGCUCGCGAGCUUUGCCUGGUUACCCCCACCCCCUCAUCCACAUAAUCCUCACGGACAUCUUUACACGCCCCACGGUGGACCCACAAGUCCCAACGGUGACCUAAGAUUACCAGGUCCAGGUCCAGGCCCGGUACGUUGCACCCUACGGAAGCACAAACCAAAUAGAAAACCGAGGACGCCAUUUACCACGCAACAGCUGUUGUCUUUGGAGAAAAAAUUUCGAGAGAAGCAAUACUUGACGAUAGCCGAACGUGCGGAAUUCUCGUCGUCCCUUCAUCUCACGGAAACGCAGGUGAAGAUCUGGUUUCAAAACAGACGUGCGAAAGCGAAGAGACUCCAAGAAGCAGAGAUAGAGAAGCUUAGAUUAUCGGCAAGGCCCCUUUUGCACCCAAGUUUCGGUUCGGGCCUGAUGUUCUCGGGCGUUGGUCCUCCUGGUACACCAGGAGUGCCACCCUUUAUCGCAGCGGCCAUGGCUAGGCACACCCAUGCGGCCGCCGCGGCGGCCAUGUUCAUGGGGCCCCCUGGACACAGGCCUUAAUAAGGCGGACUCGUUCGACUUUCGUCGUCGUCUUCGUCGUCAUCGUCGUCGUCGUCGUCGUCGUCGUCGUCGUCGUCGUCGUCAUCGUCGUCGUCGUCGUCGUUGUCGUCGUCUCUUGCGGCUGGCCCAACUACAACCAUCCGAACAGUUUUAGUUUACCGGAGGAACUCGUACCGAAUGGGACAUUCGUUAUUCGGAGUUAUUCUCCAAAGUGUGAUCCAUUUUAUUAUCUCGUACAACCCAUUUUCCUUAUUUCAUUUCUUUCGACCGUUGACCUUUCGACCCCCUUUUUCACAUUUCAUCUGACAACUUUUUAAGACACAACGAGAAGUAGUAGAGAGGAGGGGAACAACGAGACGUUGCGAAAAAAAGAUAAGAACGAAGUUUGCACGGUUGCUCGUUUGUCGCGAAAAAGCAAAUUCUUC